UGACGUCACCGAGGGGGCGUGUCUUAAAGGGGGCGUGGCCUCCGCACCCGGAAGCGGCUCCGGGCGGGUCCCGGAUCUUUGGGAAAAGAAGGAAUCCCGGGAUGAGGCGAUUCCCACCCGGAUAAAGACGGAUUCUCCCCAUGGAAGCUCCGGAGAUUCCCGAGUUUUUCCUGCUGGGAUUGGAAUUUCUGGAUUGAUUCCAGCUCGGAAUUCCCAUCGAAUUCCCAAAAUUCCCAUGAAUUCCGAGCUCGUUCUCCCGGGCAAGCCGGAGACGCGGAGCAUGAUGGAAUCCCGGAUCCGGAGGCUGGCGACGACGCUGAUGGACGCGAGCACGGAUAAAGAUCCUGAGGUUCAGGAGCAGAUCCGGAAUUCCCUCUGUGCCCUGGGAGACGCCGAUCCCGAGGAAAUGCUGGAAUGCUGCGGCGAGUACCUGAGGCAGCACGAAAAGCUGCCGUUCCCGUUCCGGGCUCUGAUCCUGUUUUCCAUGGGUUCCGUUAUCCGGAGUCACCUCCGGGAUCUCGGGAAGGGCUCGGCCGCCGCCGCCGCCGCUUUGGCCGCUCGCGAGAUGACGCGAGCCAAGGAGGAAAUCUGGGAAUGGCAGGAAGCCGCCAGCCAGGUCCUGGUGGAGCUCGGGAAGAAAUUCCUGAAUAAAGUCAUGGAAGAGGUGCUGGGAAAAUUCCAGCCGGGAAUUCUGCCCCAUCCCGCCGUGCUCCGAACCUUCGGAAACCUCGCCGCAGCCAACGUUUUCGGGAUGGUUCCGUUCCUGAAUUCCAUCCUGGGAACGCUGCUGCCCAUGCUGGGAAUGGCCCGGGCGGAUUCCAUGAAAUCCACGCUCUGCUUCGCUCUGCAGCGUUUCAGCGAGAGCAUCCUGGAAUAUUUGGCGGCUCGGGAUCAGGCUCCGGACCCCACGAUCCGCAGGGACGCCUUUGCCCAGGAAUUCGGAGCCGCCUUCGAGCUCCUCUUCCAGACCUGGCUCCCCCAGAGAGAGGCCAAGGUGCGUUUGGCCGUGGUGGAAGCCCUGGGCCCCAUGAGCUCCUUAAUUCCCGAGGAAAAGCUGGAAGAGCAACUCCCAAAAAUCCUGCCGGGAAUUCUCGGCCUCUACAAGAAACACCCGGAGCCUUUUCCCAUCUCCAAGAGCCUCUGCCAGAUUCUGGAAUCUUCCGUGGGAAUCGGGAGCCGGAGCUUGGAAGCGCAGCUGGAAUCGCUCCUGGGAACGCUGCUGGCCCAGAUUUGUGCUCCAGCUGAUCCCAACAUUCCCACAAACGCCAAGAACCACACGGAGCUCCUGCGCUGCUUCUCCGUCCUGGCUUUUCCUUUCCCGGAUCGGCUCCUGCUUUUCCUGCUCCCGAAACUGGAGAGCGGCUCCGAGCGGCUCCGCGUGGGAUCCCUGCUGGUGCUGCGCCACCUCCUCAACAGCGCCCCUUCCCAGAUGGAAAUCAAGAAACUCACCAUCCUCUCCUCCAUGAAACUCCCGCUGCAGGACGGAAGCAACAAGGUGAAGCGUGCUCUGGUGCAGCUGAUCAGUGCCAUGGCUCACCACGGAUUCCUGGAGCAGCCGGGAGGGGAAUCUCUCCUGGAAUUCCUGAUCCGCCAGUGCGCCCUGCCCAUGGAUGAGCCCUCCGGAAUUCCAGAGGAAAAUUCCGAGGAUCCCACGAGCGGCAGCGUCCGGAGCGUCAGCGUCAGCACCCUCCUCCUCCUCAGCACCACCGUGCCCAGGAUGAGCCACGUUCUGUGGCCGUUCCUGUUGGAAUUUCUGCUCCCGGCUCCUUUCAGCCCAGCCCUGACCCCGCUGUGCCGCAGCCUCGCUUUCCUGGCCGCCAAAAUCCGGGAAGAGCCUCCGGAAAAAACCCCGGAGCGCCGCGGGAAUCUUCCGUCUCCUCAAGCGCUGCUCGUCAGGCUCCUGGCCGUUUCCUCCCGUCCUUUCCUGGAUCCCGGGCGGGGCGAGGCCGCCCUGCGCCUGCUCCGCCUCCUCCCCACGGAAUUUUCCCACCCGGAGCUGGAAAAAAUUUGGGAUGAGGAAAUCCCGAUUCUCCUGGAGCAGCUGAGAGAGCACUCGGAGAAUUCCCUGGAUCAGCAGGACUGGGAGGAGAAGCUGCUCCAGUUUUUCCGCCAUUCCCUGAGCUCCAUCCCGGAUAAAUCCUGGAUUUUCCCGUUGCCUCCGGAGAUUUUCCGGCAGCUCCGCGAUUCCGAAGCCUCCAGGUCGGAAAAGAUUUUCCUGUACAAAUCCCUGGGAACGGCGCUGGGAUCGUGUCCCGGGAAGGAUUUGGUUCGGAAGCAGCUCCAGGAAAUCCUGGAAAACGCUCGGUACCAGGAGGAGGAGGAGAGGGAGGGUUUGGCUUUUUGCUUCGGAAUUUGCGCCCGGAAUCACCUGGAGGAAACUUUGGAAAAAUUGGAGGAAUUCGUUCGAUCCGACGUUUUCAAGAAAUCCCUGGGAUUGUUCAGCAUCUUCAAGGAAAGGAGCGAGGGGGAGCUGGAAAAGCUCCGGAGCGGCCUCGUGCUCUGCUACGGCCGCGUGGCCGAGGCGGCGCCUCCGGAAUUGCUCAAUUCCCGCUUGGAAUCCCAAAUCCUGAAAAAUCUCCUGGAAAACGGCCACACCAAGGUUCUGGGAAUCAAAGUAGAGACCAAGGAUCCCACGCUGAAGCUGAGCCUCGCCCGCAGCGUCUCCAUGAUCGGCCGAGCCCUGGCCACAGGAAAUCCCCGGAAUUCCGGGAAAUCCGGGAAUGAUUCCGGGAAUUCCGGGAAAUUCGGGAAUUCUGGGAAUGACUCCGGGAAUUCCGGGAAUGAGCCCCGGAAGGGCCCCGGGGGCUCCGUCAGCAUUGCCCACAAGGCUGAGCUGGUGGCGCUGCUGGUGGAAUUCCUGAAGGCGGAAGCUCCGGACGCGCUCCGGACGCGGCUCCGGCAGCGAGCGCUCGACGCCUGCUCCCACCUCCUGGCCCUGGAGCCCCCCCUGGGCGAUUCCGAGCGCUCGGAGCUGCUGGACUCGGCCUUGGGGAGCGUCCUGGGGCUGGAACGGCCCCGAGAGCCGGAUUUGCUGCGGGAAGCUCUGGGAUCCCUCUUGGAGCUGCUCCAGGAGCUCCUCCGGAGGCGCCUGAACCCCCACGGACUCCAGGAGAUCUUUGCCCAUUUAGGCCCCUGGAUCAAAUCCCCGCGGGCUCCGGAGCGGGAACGCGCCGUCGCCCUCAGCAAUUCCCUCCUGGAAUUCUUCCUGGAAAAUCUCCGCGUCAACGCUGUGAUCCCGUUUUACAACCUGAGCCGGUUGUUGGCGCUGUUGGCUCCGCGUUGUUCCGACGGAAUUCCCAAAAUCCGCUCGGAUUCCUUGGAUUGCGUCCGCGCCCUGCUCCGCAUCCAGCUCUGCUACGAAGGUUUUUCCCGGGAUCACCGGGACGAGCUCCUGGAGGGGCUCCAAGAGCUGAAGGAGGGGCUGGAAAAUCCCGAUUUUUCCAUCCUUUUCCACACCUGCACCCGCCUGGCCUCGGUCCUGGGCCGGCGCCUCCCCCCGGAGCAGCUCCCGGAGCUUCUCCGCUGCCUUUUCCAGGCUUGGGAAGAUCCCGACGGGAAUUGUUCCCGCGCCGCCUCCGUCCUCUGCAACGCCCUGCUCCGGGAGAGGGGAGCCCUCCUCAGGGAACAGGUUCCGGAUCUGCUCUCCUGGAUCCAUUCCCGGCUGGAAUUGCUGGAGGAGGAGCAGCUCCGGAGGGCGGCUCAGCAAUCCCUGCUCAUCCUGGCGCUCCAACAUUCCCGGGAAAUCGUCUCCGCCCUCCUGGGAAGCUCCCUGCCCUUCGACAGCUCCACCUGCUCCAUGUGGAGGGCGCUGGGGACGGAGCCGGCGCUGAAUUCCCAAAUCCUGGAGCUGCUCCUGGAAAAGUUGGAUGCGGAAAUUCCCUACAAGGAGAAGAAAUUCCCGCUGGGAAGCGGCGCCGAGCGCGUGGCCACGGCCCCGGGGCUGGCCGUGACGCGAGGCCUGGACGAGCUCCUGGCGGUUCCGGAAUGUUCCGGAGCCGUCCUGGAAAAAUUCCCCAAACUUUUCCGGAGCCUCCUGGUGAGGCUGGGAUGCUCCGUGGGCGUCCGGAUCCCGAAAUUCCUGCAGGGAAAGGAAAAAGGCGGAAAAGAGGCCUGGGGCUACGCCGUGAGCACCCUUCAGGCCGCUCUGCUCCGGGCCGGCGGCUCCGAGGUCGUGCAGGACGUUGGGAAUUCCGGAGGUUGGGAAUUGAUGGGAAUUCCCGAGCGGCACCACGAGGGAAUCGCUCUCCUGGCGGGGGCCAUGGCUCGGCUCAUGGGGCCUCGUCUCCCUCCGAUUGUCCGGAGCCUCAUCCCGGUCCUGGGAAGCGUCUUCGAGUGCCAGAGGGUGACCGGCACCGCCUUCCUGGCCGAGCUGCUGUCCCACAGGGUGGUGACCGACCUGAUCCUUCUGGAGCCGAUCCUGGAAUCUCUGAAGCCUCUGGAAAAGGAUCCCUCGCUCCUCGUGCGGAUCCUGGCGCUCCGAGGCCUCGGGAACGCGGCUUCGGGAUCGCCGGAAAAGAUCCGUCUCCACGCUUCCCAGAUUUUGCUUUCCCUGGUGGCCGGCCUGGACGACCGCGACGAUCCCGAGAAUCUCCUGGCUCUGGAAUCCAUGGAAGGAAUUCCCAAAAUCCUGGAGCACCUGGAGGAGCGCGACGAGCGCUCGGAGCUGCUGCGCGUGGCCGUCCGCAUCCGGCCCUUCUUCGACAGCGAGCGGCGGGAGCUGCGGCGCUGCUCCAUCCUCCUCUUCGGGAACCUCUCCCGCUCCUCCCAUUCCCAACUUUUCCGGGAUCAGAUCCUCAACAGCCUUGUCCCGCUCCUGCUGCACCUGCAGGACCCCCAGCCCGACGUCGUCAAGGCGUCCAAGCUGGCUCUGAGGUCGUGCGCUCCGGGACUGGGAUCCGAGGAGCUCCGGGAAAUGUUCGGGAAUUUCCUGCGGGAAGAGCGGGGGCUGCACUACGGAGAGUUCAUCAACAACACCUGCAAAUUCCUGAUCCGUUCCCAGCCGUCGCUGCUGCUCCGUUUGGUCUCCACCAACCUCCUCUACUUCCGGAGCCCCUGGCGGGAGCUGCGGGCGGCGGCGGCCAUGUUCAUCGGAUUCCUGGUGCUCCACGUGGACGAGGAGCAGGGGCAGCAGCUGGACCUGGAUGAGCUCAUCUCCGCCCUGAAGCUGCUCCUGAAGGAUCCCGACCCCUCCGUGCGGAUCAAGGUGGCCGAAACCCUGGGACGCCUCGUCCGGCUCCUCUGAAUCCCGGAAUUCCCAAAAUUCCUUGGAAUUCCCGGCUUUGAGACCCUGGGACGCCUCAUCCAGCUCCUCUGAAUCCCAGAAUUCCCAAAAUUCCUUGGAAUUCCCGGCUCUGAGACCCUGGGACGCCUCGUCCGGCUCCUGUGAAUCCCAGAAUUCCCAAAAUUCCUUGGAAUUCCUGGCUCUGAGACCCUGGGACGCCUCGUCCGGCUCCUCUGAAUCCCAGAAUUCCCAAAAUUCCUUGGAAUUCCCGGCUCUGAAACCCUGGGAUGCCUCGUCCAGCUCCUGUGAAUCCUGGAAUUCCCAAAAUUCCUUGGAAUUCCCGACCCUGGGACGUCGCUGCUGUAUCCGGGAUCCAUUCCCGCCCCUCCAAUCCCGCUCUGCUGCUUCCCGAUGGAAAAUCGGGAUCCCGGAAUUCCCAGAAUUCCCAGAAAAAUUCCCAGAAUUCCCCCCUGUACAGAGACUCUUUUUAAAUAAAGCUUUGGCCUCCGGA